AUGACUGAGGAUCUGUACAACUUGAUCAAUGAUCGUGGGUAUACAUGUGACUUCGCUGACGACUUCAUCUGGAACGCCAAGCAGGUCUUCCAAAGCGGUGGUUUCUCGGCAGCUAAACGGGUCACCGAAGACCUACUUUUCAGAAACCGCUCUGACUACGCCACAGCUAGUCAGUACGUCGAGGCGAUGCGCGCUGCAUACAGUAAAUCCAAUCAUCGCAUUAAGAUCACGCCCUUCGCUGUCGCCAUUAUGCUGCUCCGGAACAUCCACUCUGAUUCCCCAAACUGGUUCGAAAACAAGUGCGCUCAGUACCAGAAGGAGGUCACAGAUGCCAACAAGUUUACCGCUGACCGCGUAAUCACACUAUUCAAUGAGCUCAUUGAUCACCUUCCAAUCCAUGAAGCGAAUCCCUAG